AGGCAAAUUCAGAGGGCGUUUUGGUAGUUAACGUGUCAAGUUGUGUGACACAUGAUAUACGUUAAUAAAAUGGAGUUUAAAAGUUGAUGAUAAAUUGAAGGAAAGUGAGAGAAUACCAAGAUCUUGGGUUUGGUUUUGAAAUGGAGGUGGUUCAACUUGGACAGUGUAAUGGGUUGUUUAGCUACCCAAAAUUAAGUCCACUGCUUCAGAGGAGAAAGGAGAGAACUCAAAGAAGCAUGUCCUUGCAAGCACAAGCUGUUCCUUCUAGAACCCAGAGGAUUAUGGAGAGCAUUUCGGUAAGUAAUGAAGUUGGUGGUGCUGGUGGGGCAUACUCAUACGACGCCCUAAAGAGAUUGGACCAAAUUUGGUCUAGUAUCUGUUCUCAGGCAGCUACGCAAGAACCUCAGCAAGUAGUUUCAAGUAUUCCGUAUGUACCAAGCCGUUUAGAUCUCACUGACGAAGACAGAUUUGAUGUGGUAGUUUGUGGAGGUACUUUAGGGAUCUUCAUUGCUGCAGCAUUGAUUGCGAAAGGCCUUCGUGUAGGCAUUGUGGAAAGAAAUAUACUGAAAGGGAGGGAGCAAGAAUGGAAUAUCUCAAGGAAAGAGCUCUUGGAGCUUGUAGAAGUUGGUAUUCUUUCAGAGAAUGACAUUGAAAAAGCUAUAGCAGCGAAAUUCAAUCCUAAUAGAUGUGGAUUUGAGGACAAAGGCGAAGUCUGGGUUGAAGACAUUCUUAAUCUUGGUGUUUCGCCUGCAAAGCUCAUAGAGAUUACGAAGAAACACUUUAUUUCCCUUGGCGGAGUCAUCUUAGAAGGAUACAGUGUCUCCAGCAUUUGUGUAUAUGAGGAUGCCGCAGUCUUGCAACUUGCAGAAGGGAAAACAUUAUCAACCCGUCUUAUCAUUGAUGCAAUGGGGAACUUUUCACCUGUGGUGAGACAGAUAAGAGGAGGAAGGAAGCCUGAUGGUGUUUGCCUUGUUGUGGGAUCUUGUGCUCGUGGUUUUGAAGACAAUUCUACAAGCGAUGUCAUAUACAGUAGCUCAUCUAUGAAGAACAUUGGAGAGUCAGAAGUACAAUUAUUUUGGGAGGCAUUUCCAGCUGGCUCUGGUCCUAUGGAUCGCACUACUUAUAUGUUCACCUAUGUUAGUCCUCAACCUGGAUCACCAAAACUGGAAGAUCUAUUAGAGAACUAUUGGGACUUGAUGCCAAAAUAUCAGGGAGUCUCUCUCGAAAAUCUGGAGAUAAUGAGAGUUAUAUAUGGAAUUUUUCCAACAUAUUGUGACAGUCCAUUGCCAGCAGCAUUCAAUCGUAUCUUACAGUUUGGUGAUGCUAGUGGCAUACAGUCACCUGUUUCAUUUGGUGGUUUUGGAAGCUUGACGAGACAUCUUGGAAGAUUGUCAGCUGGAAUCUAUGAAGCGAUCAGUGGCGAUUUUCUUGAUGCGCACAGCUUGUCUCUGCUAAAUCCGUACAUGCCCAACUUAAGUGCUUCAUGGCUGUUUCAAAGAGCAAUGUCAGCCAAGCAAAAAUCUAAUAUUUAUCCAGAAUUUGUUAAUGAUCUCCUUCAUGUCAAUUUCCAGAGUAUGCAGAGGCUUGGUGAUCCGGUUCUAAGACCAUUCCUCCAGGAUGUUAUACAAUUGGAGCCUCUUGCCAAGACGUUAGGCAUUGUUAUGCUAACUAAACCUCAAAUUAUCCCAGCAAUAUUCAAGCAGCUUUGCUGACCCCGUAAUCAGGUAACAUAAUCAUCUUUUCUUCUGAGUUACUGGAACUCAACUUUGUCUGUAAUUAGUUCAAACAUAUCCGUAUGAGUUUGCUUACACCUACCCUCUUUCUUGCAAGGCCAUUAAUAAAUGUGCUUCCAUUGAAGCUUAAGUACGAGUGGAAGAGACAUCUUGAGGCUUGGAAAUAUGGAUCUGGUUUAGAUUACAAGCUGUGACAGGCACCCAGUGAUGAUUAAAUUUAAACAAAUUAAGUGCUCAUUCGACUGGUCUGCAGUUACAUGAACUGGUGACAGAACUAAUAUAAUUCCCUCCAGUUGCGAAACUCCGGUGCAUACUGAUAUCAAUGCCAGAGCCAGAGCGCAUUUCGAACCUAGUAGGAUAAAAGUGCUUAUUCCUCAAUGUACAGUGAGUUGUUUAAAUGAACUUGCUUCUGAAUGAACAUUUGAAGAAUAUUUAAUUACGACUGCUUGGAACUCAUUAUUUAACUGGAUUGUUCCUUUGGCUUAUUCAUCAGAACAGAAAAUUUUGGUAUAAAAAAACCAUAAGACAUAUGCUUUCCUCCUUUGUCAA